AUGGGCUCGCGCUUCUUUUGUCUGGCCCACCGCAAGUCGGUGAAGGGGUUGGAACUGGGCGCCACGACGCGCACCGCCGUAGAGGUCGGCCAAGGCCCCAUCUCCUACAUGACCAAGGACGCUUGCACGUGGAGUCUCAAUUACGGAGAAAGCGAGCGACACUUUGCCGAGCUUUCCAUCCGUGAAAAUUGCGGCGGCAACAGCGAAUGCGUGCUCGACUUUUUGCAACUUGUUGACGCCAUCGAGCGCGACGCGGAGAGGAUGCCUCUGCGUCCGCUGUUGCGAGGCGACUUUGCCGAUGCGGUCACCACAAAGUGCCAGGUGAUCUUGACCCGCGAUCUGCGUCGAGACAUAGAACAUGCCAAGCUGUGCAUCAAUCUAGAGAAAAUCGUCGAUGGCCGCCAAGGAGACGACCUUCUCAAGGGUGCCGCCUACGAGCACUGCGGAUAUCACCACCAGCGGCCAGAAGGCAGACUUUGGAGGAUCAAAAACGCGCUGGCUGACGAUCCCGGCGUCAACACGGAACAGCUCCGCUGCAUAUCCACGAUGGUUGAAAAAAGCCAUUGA